AUGGGCGUCAGAGAAAAUGUCAUUCCACCAACAGAUGAUGAGAGGAACGUGCUGGUUGCUCGUAAAUACCAAAUAGAAUUAUUCGAAAGGGCUAAAAAGGAUAACGUGAUCGCUGCUCUGGACACCGGAAAAUUUAAAAUUGAACGGGAACAUUCGGGAUAUUCGUGUCAGUUAACUUUACCUAGUAAUGCUCCUUUUCGUACAGAAUCAAGUCAUGUUUGUGAAAGUCGACAUAAGGCUAAAAAGGUUGCUGCUUUCAAAGCAUGCAUCAGAUUAUACAAUUUAAAAGCAUUAAAUGAUCAUCUAUUGCCUGAAAUUGAAUGGGUAGAAGAAGAUCAUGAGAUGAAACCAACUAGAGAUAAUGGUUUAACAACUGAGAACAUUGAAAAUAUCAAGAUCACUGAGAACAUUGAGAACAUUAAGAUCACUGAGAAAACCGAGAACAUUGAAAAUAUCAAGAUAACGGAGAUCACAAAGAACGCUGAGAACAUCAAUAUCACAGAGAAAACUGAAAACAUUGAAAAUAUCAAGAUCACAGAGACCAUGGAGAAAACCGAGAAUAUU